UGUCAAUGCAUUUUGAAAUUGAAAAUCUGAAAUCUGUCAUUUCACCGAUUUUACACGAAUUAUUUUUUCACAAUUUGACCUACAUUUGUGAAUUAAUUCUGACCAACAAUGUCGGAAUCCGAAAGUGUUGAAAAACCUGUCGAAUUUCCUGAAACAGACUACGUAGAAGAUGGACAAAAUAAAUUGAUAAUCAAAUGUAAAUAUUGCACAUCGAAAAUUUUAGAUAAAAAAUCAGCAAAAUAUAUUACUCAAGAGAAAGAUCUGCCGUUGAUGCAACAGGAGAAGAACAAAGAGGGUGACGUGCAAAGUGAAAGAAUAAAUCAGUUCUAUCACGUUGAUAACAUGUAUACGUUUGAGAAUAUCGGCUUUACGCAUACAGUUGCUAACCACAAAUACCUGAGUUGUGCGGACUGUGAUGCAGGCCCUGUGGGUUACUAUGAUAUGGACACUAAACAAAGUUACGUCGCACUUUCGAGAGUAGAACAUUGUUAAUAAUGCUUAACACCACUAUUACAAUAUAUCUAAUGCUGUAGAUAGAUAAUAAAUAAUUUUAUCAUAUAUUUUGAUGUUAUAAAGUUGCAUAAUAGACAUUUUCUAAUACCCGCACACAAAUCAAAGAAUCUUUUAAUAUUUAAACGAAAUGAUACUAAAAAAUAAUAGAAAAUCAAUUAUUGAUAUGUAUUUAAUUUUUAAGCAUUUAACUUUGUCAACAUCCUCUAAAUGUUAUAAGUUAUUAAGUAUAUACUAUUUUCGCUCAUUGCAAUUUAGUUAAAUAUUUAAAAACUCGAGUCUUUUAUUACACUUGUAAUAUACAGUCAGCUGCACAAAUAGGUAUACAUUUACAAAACUUGAGAAUCUUGUAUAGAUGCCAAAAUGAAAUGCACAUAUUUAUCAAUAGUAUGUAUUCAAGAUCGGACAGAUACAUGCAUUUUUUUGAAACUGAAGAUUUGUACAAGUUACUAAAGCUUUGUAAAACUUACUAUUGUUAUAAAUGUAAAAGGUUGUAUGGAUGGAUGUAUGUUAGAGUGUAUAGCCUAAUUGGCUGAAUGGUUCUUGAUGAAGUUUAGCCUAGAAAUAACAUAAUCCGGAAAAGAUAGCUACAUAAUUUUUAUUAAUUACAUGCAGAUGAAACUGCUGGUUGAAAAAUAAUGUAUACAUAUAUCUGUGUAGCUGACUGUACUUUUACUAAUAGUAUUCAAGAAUAAUAUUUAAUCACAAAUGCUCAAUCAAUCAUUCCAAUAUUCCGUCAUUAUCAUUCUUCUUAUCCCAUUCUUGUAGGGUCGGCUUAGGUUUUUGUCCUCCAAAUAACUCUAUCAUUGAUCAACUUAGUAGGUUCUAUCUACCUACUAUUUUUUUAUUGCAAUCUAAAAUGCUUUUUAUAUUUAAGAUAAGAAUUUUAUUGAUGUGUAUCUUAUGCUACUUAAUUAAAUAUUUAAACAUCAU